UCAUCUAAUCUAGACUUUUCACUUUUCAGUAGUGACACAAAAUAACACGAGUCUGUUCUGCUAACAAUAGCAGAGUAGCAACUAGCAAACCAACAAUGUUUGCUUUCACUCCUCAGCAGUCAGCACUCUGCCAAAACCUUGGUAUUCUUUUUGAUAAAAAUCUUAGUGAAUAUACUCCUCAAAUUUCUAAUAUGUACCUGAAUUAAACACUCUUCGACUGAAAAAUCCACACUUGGAAAUUCGUUCCUCUGGUAUUUGUGUAUUUUUUUAUCCUCCUUUUAGUUUACAGAACUGUAUGAAUUGCCAUUAAAUGCAUCUGAAAUCAAUAAAAGAGGUUAUAUUGUAUCAUUCUCAAGCGAUAAAGUCAGCAUAUUUAUCCAGUAUCUUCAUAUCAAAUCAACUCAUCCAUUUUUACGCAAAACACGGUCAUUUACGGCAUGCCCACAAACUGUUUGAUGAAAUGCCUGAACGAAAUGUAUUCUCUUGGAACACUAUUAUUGCUGCCCACUUGAAGAAUCAUGACAUUAAUACAGCUGAAUGGCUCUUUAACACUUCACCCCACAAAGAUUUAGUGACUUACAAUUCUAUGUUAGCUGGGUAUGUCAAUGCUGGUGGCGAGCUUGAGCACGAACACGAAACCAGUGCUUUAAGACUCUUUGUUGAAAUGCAGAAAUCAUCUCAAAGUAGUGGUAGUAGUAUUAGCAUUGAUGAAUUCACUAUCACUACUAUGCUUAACUUGGUUGCUCGGUUGUCGAUUGGGUCUUUAGGAAUGCAGUUGCAUUCGUAUAUGGUCAAAAGUGGGAAUGAUGUUAGCAGGUUUACUUGUAGUUCACUUAUUGAUAUGUAUUCUAAAUGUGGGUAUUUUCGAGAAGCUGUUCGAGUUUUUAAUGAUCGUAGGGAUGUGUUGGACUCGGUUUCUAAGAAUGCUGUAGUCGCUGCUUGUUGUAGAGAGAGGGAACUGGAAUUGGGUUUGGAUAUCUUUUGGCAUGAAGCUGAGUUAAAUGACACUAUAUCGUGGAACACUAUCAUUUCAGGUUACGUGCAAAACGGCCUUCAUGAGAAGGCAUUGAGGUUGUUUGUUUGUAUGAUGGGAUCUGGGGUUAGAUUAAAUAACCAUACAUUCGCUAGCGUUUUAGGUGCUUGUUCAGGUACAAGGAACCUUAAGCUUGGUAAGGAACUUCAUGCACAUGUUCUAAAGGCUGGAUUUAUUGAGAAUUCGUUUGUUAGUAGUGGUGUUGUUGAUGUGUAUUGCAAAUGUGACAGUAUGGAUUACGCAAAGGCUGCUUAUACAUCAUUCAGUAUUGGGAAUGCCUUCUCGAUUACUUCAAUGAUUGUGGCAUAUUCAUCAACAGGAAACAUGGUGGAAGCUCGAAGGCUUUUUGACACGUUGGCUGAGAAAAAUCCUGUGGUUUGGACAGCAUUGUUUUCUGGAUAUGUAAAAUCUCAAUGUUGUGAAGCAGCAUUUGAGCUUUUAACUGAGUUGCUUGCUCAUGAAUCAGCUGUUCCAGAUGUUCUGAUAUUGAUGACUCUGCUGGGCGCUUGUGCUACUCAAGCCUCCUUGCAUCCUGGCAAGCAGAUUCAUUGUUACAUUCUGAGGAAUGAGAUGAAACUGGAUGGUAAAUUUUUGAGUGCAAUGAUUGAUAUGUAUUCAAAAUGUGGCCUCAUAACAUAUGCAGAGAGGAUUUUCUCCGGAAUCAAAGAAAGGGACUCAGUCCUAUAUAAUGUGAUGAUUGCUGGCUAUGCUCACCAUGGGCUAGAAAUUGAGGCCAUUAAACUGUUUGAGGAGAUGUGUAAGAGAGAAAUAAUACCAAAUGCCGCAACUUUUGUAGCUCUUUUGUCAACUUGCCGGCAUGCUGGUUUGGUGGAAUUGGGUGAAAAUUACUUCUAUGCCAUGGAACGAGAUUAUGGUAUACAACCAGAAAUUGAUCACUUUGCCUGUAUGAUUGAUCUAUAUGGAAGGGCUGGUCAGCUGGACAAGGCUGCUGCCUUCAUGGAAAGCAUCCCUUUUGAACCGGAUGUUGUAUUAUAUGGUGUUUAUCUGAAUGCUUGCAGGAUAAACAAGAAUUUGGAAUUGGCUAGAGAAGCAGAGGAGAAGCUCUUGAAACUUGAAGGUCAAAGUGGGUCUCGUUAUGUGCAAUUGGCAAAUGUAUAUGCUUCAGAGGAGAACUGGGAUGAGGUAGGGAGGAUAAGGAAGAAGAUGAGAGGAAAGGAGGUCAAGAAGCUUGCAGGAUGCAGUUGGAUAAAUUUGGAGAAUGGUGUUAAUGUAUUCACUUCUGGUGAUACAUCCCACUUUGAAUCCGAUGCUAUCUAUACUUUGCUUGCUUGCUUAGUUGCAGAAAUUGACAAUCGUGCUUUGGUUGAAAGGUCCACAGCGCUUGACUAGACAUUCAUUUGGAGAAUAUGAAUUGGAACCUGAGUAAUGUGGUUUCUAUAUCGGUGACAAGUUGACAACAUGAUAUGCUUGUAGUUAAUUGACAUGCUCUUAUGGUUGAUCACUAUGAAAUUACAUUUUGGAUUUCUACUUAUCGAAAACUAAGAUUAAUAAGGAAGAAGGAACAAAAAGGUUGUCAAUAUUUCUUCCCUGCUAUCAUAUAGGAGAUUGGAGAAGCAUUUAUUCCAUCACCACUCCGCACUUCCCCACUCAAGAAAAGGGCGUGGAAAGCAAUUGGUAGCCAACAACAAUUGAAUGUCAAUGAAGGCAAUGAUUUUCAUGACAAAGAUAUAAAGGAUCAAGAAUUCAAAAGAGACCCUAUAGGUGCUGAAAUAACAAAUGCUAUAGGAAAUGAAGAGGAUAACGUAAUUAGAAAUAAUAUGGAGAUAAAAACGUACAUGGACAAGUUGGUGUAGGAGGUGGACAUAAAUAUGCAUCUGCACAUGAUCUCAAUGGUGAACCCAUGAACAUUAACAUUAUAGACUCUUCAGAUGUAGGUGGGAAUCUUGAUCUAAACUUAUCUGGUAUGAUGUAUAACGUCCAUAUUGCAAUAUUCGUGUCAGAUGAAUUACGUUAGUUGCCUCAUUUCUAUUUAUGUAUUCCAUGCGUGUUAAAGAUGUUGGAGGUAUCAACUAUCAAGGAUGUCUUGGCUUAGUAGUUAAGAUUGAGGUGCUGUGAAUAAUAGGUCAUAGGUUCGAAUCUCCCUUCCCCUUCUUUGUACUUUGUGCUGUCUUCGUGGCUCAUAUGGUUUAAAAAAAAUGUUGCAAGUGGUUGUACUCAA